UCAUAAUAUUUAGAUAUCGGUAUUACUGUAUUAUGUUCUUAUCUGAGGAAUAUACACCUUUGAAUGUGCCGAUUGUUGUAAGCGCUGUGCGUUGGGAGGAAGCAAGUCAUGGCUUCGUUCCAAGUGGUGCAAUUUGCGGAGGAAAAUCCUUCAAUGGUGAACUCAUAUACAUUGGUAGAACAAGGUUACAAGAAAAUCGCAAUGAACUCACACCAGGAGUGCUGAUCCCAAGCGAAAAGCAACUUGUCAUUCCAUUUGGAACGGGUGUACGAAAGGCAGAUGAAUAUGAAGUCCUGGUAACAAGUGACCCACGAUAUGUUCAUUGGGUUCCAUGCAAUGCUGGCGAGGUUCCCAUAAAUGCAGUUAUUGGUGGUAUUGAUUGUUCGUAUCUUGAGCCUCUUUAUAUCGGAAGGACAAGGGGAAAUUUAACCUAUGGUAGAACAUGGCGUGGUCAAAGAUUUCCUGGUGAUUCUGAGGUUCUUCAAUCAAAUCAGCCUGAUUAUUCAGAUUCGACUUCCGAUGAGUGCAGCAGUGGAAAUAUAUCUCAGUCAAAAGGGGAAGAAUCUAUGAGUCUUUCAUUGACUAACAGACAUCAAUCAAUGAGUGACUGUUUAGUGAAAAGCAACGAAUCUGAUGAUGGUACAAAUAAGAUGAUUGUUAGCUUUCCAGGAAAGAUUCAUCGAACUCACAAGUGUCUUUAUAUUCCAUACAAUGACAAGGAAUACUUAUUCAGAGAAUAUGAUGUGUUGACAUUAACGACAACUCCAGCAUCUUUAGGUGUCAUGUGCAAAUGUACUAUACGAGAUCACCUUCUGAUGACUAUGUUGGAGCCAAAUACCCCGAAAAUGGGAACAAGGCGAAGCAGCUCGAUGCUCAUGGCUGAUACUGAAGACUAUGUUGGUGUAGAAAAGAAACUGGCUCAAAAAAUAGACCUUCUACCCCUGCCAGUUAAACUUAAAAAAUUUUGCAAGCAAGGAAUAGAUUAGCAAUAAAGUAGUAAUUUAGCAUCCGGCAUCCGACCUAUCGUAAGUGCAUGGAUUGAUGGCACAAUUUUUUUUUUAAAUAUGGUUAUUGCGAUUCAAAUUAUUGUGAUGUAAUGAUAAAGAAAUAUAAGUUUAUAAUCUUAACAAAAGGUCUUUUUAUGUAAGGUUGCUCGAAGUGAAUUUAUGAAUUAAACAAUAACCUGGAUUAAGAAGGUCAAAAUAACGAAAAAUGUUAUUGAUGACGAGUGAAGUUUUUUGUUUGUUUGUGUAUGCUAUUCAACUCUGUAUAUAAUGUAUAUAUACUAAUUAAAGUGUACAUCUGCUCUUAGUGGAUCAAAAUCCGUUUCAAUUUAAAGUUUCAUGACACUGUAUAACCAUAGAUCUGCUGUUCAUGUUUCAAGUAAUGUACAUAUGUUGUCAUUUUUUUUUAUAUAUAAGUGUGAAAUAUAUUUAUGCUGCAUCUUGCCUCGUUUUCAGCAAUGGAGAAUCAUAAAAAUAUUUGCAUAAGAAUUAAAUCAAUAACUGCACUUUCUGCUUGGCUAUAUAUAUAUAUAUAUCAUCCGGGUGUCUCUGGUAAUAUGUACAUGCUGACAGUGCUAACUUUAUAGUCAAUGUCCAUUUCGUUAUAUCAGAGCAUGUAGCUAACCAUUAACCAUCAUAGCUAUGUAAUUAAUGAAAGGUCGGCGAGCAGUUAAGCUUCUUUAAAUGUAACAGCUGGCACGGCCGACUGUGCGAAUUGGAGACGUUCUUUCAUGGGGCGUAAUGAACAUCUGUUGUCGAACCUUUCAGAAUUUUAUAUUAACCGAGGGAAGGGGAAUAUUUUCAGUAUUAAUCAUUGCUAUAUUUUUACAAUGAAAUAGUGUCUUUAAAAUUAUUCCACAUGUCUUAUGUUUUAAUAUUUGCAACUGAACAUUUGUGCUACAUACGUUAUUAAAUAGUAAAACUGAAUAUGCGGCACAAAGUUUGUUACCUUAAUUACGUAACUGGAAAUGAAUAAAAAAAUUUGAUAAUCGCCAUAAUUUUGCAAAUUGUGACUUUUCUGUCUAAAAAUAUGGGAACAAAUCGAAACAAUGAUGUAUAUCCGAUUAAUUAACUAAAUAUUGAAAAUAUUACUGAAGGGAAAAUUUCGAAAGUUAAUGUAUAAUUUUCUUUCUUGUGUUUGCUUUUUCCAAAUAGUCCACCGAUGGGUUUCUCACUCAUUUACCUUUGCAGCAAAAUACGUAAUGGAACAUCAUAAUGA